AUGGGAAGCCUAGACAUUCAUCCUCCUGGGGCUGCAAUGAGGGCCGAGAAGAAAAAGGCGACUUAUCACCACCUGCAGAUAACAAGAUCUUUCCUUCUCCCAUGCUGCAGUGUCAUUGGAGACCACAUAAGUAGCCUAGAUAUCUACCCCAAAGAACCUAUAUCAUUUAAAACAAGGUAUGGGAUAUUUCUGGUGCUGGGCGGGGUCAUCACUGCAGAGCUGCAGCAGCUCUGGGAGCAGGAGGUGGUAGACUUCAUGGUGAAGAGUCUGGAGAGAGAGAACACCUGGAGGAUGCAGGCUCACGUUCCAGCCAGCACCAGCUACUGUGAGGACAGCAGAUCUUCCAUGCAGCUGGUGCACCAGUGCAUUGAGCACUGCCCUGCACCUCUGGCUCAAGUCCAGGCCCUGGUGACCACUGAGUUAGAGCAGUUCCAGAACUGCCUGGCCCAAUGUGCCAUGCACUGCAAUGACAAAGCCAACAAUUCAGCAGAUGCUGGAAGUAAAGAGCUUCAGGUGAAGCUGCCACUGGAGAUCUGCGUGACCAACUAUGUGGAUGAUCACAUGCACCUCAUCCCAACCAUGACCAAGAAGAAGAUGGAGUCUCUCUUGUCCAUUGGGAAAUAG